AAGUAAAGAAUCUGAAUACUACUAAUAAUAAAUAAAACAUUGUUGUAUUUCUCUAGUGAGCUGAACUUGUAAACAUUUUAAAAUAAAUUAUUUACUUUAUGGACUCUCUUCGCAUGAAAAUAGCUUUUCCUGAUGAAUAAAAGUUCAAUUGUUGCAGAAUCAGAUUGAAAUGUUGACAUAAAGAUGUGCAGUCAUGUGUUCACCUGUCGCGCAGCUCUCUCUGCGCACCGCGCAGGUCUCACGGUUUGUGACGCAACAGGUUGCUUCAUCACUUCGGGAUUUAUCGGAUGACUCCGAGGAAAGUGACGGAGUCCUGGAUGUCCGUAACUGGAAAACCCCGCGGCAGCUCGUACAGAUUAAAAGUCCAAACUGCUGCAAAUGGAAGCUGAAAGAGAAGAGCGCGAGUUUACCGGCGGACCGACACCGAGACAGCGACAGCCGCCCUGACAGAUAUGAACCCUGCGAUCGGUGAGAAACUAACUUUUAUUAUCAUGUGAAGGCAGACAGGCCGCUUAAAUCAGCAGAAAGUUGCAUGGGGUUUGGUGGAGGAGCCACUGCUGCGAUCAGAAACGAACUUUAACAGAAUUACAUGAAAAGAGAUGACCUGAGGGCACCCGCACACCGCGCGCACACCGCGCGCACACCUCACUACCUGAAACUCAACAGGUAUGGAAGCAGAGAGAGAAGAAAUGAAAGCUGGACUUUAAGAUCCUCUCUGGUGAAUUCAGAAAGAUUUUAAGGUUACUUUUAUUGUGAAAAUUGUCUUGGACAAAAGGAAAUUGCUGCAUCAAGCAAAACACAACAAUAAAAACAAUAAAAACACAUAAUAUAAGAAUGUAUGCAGACAUAAGCCUGACACAAGUAGGAGACGAAACCAGCUCAGAGAUGUGUCGGGGUUCAAUAUUAGUUUUAUCAUUGUGUUCUAAAUAGUGAUAAUUAUAAUAUAAUGAUAAUACAAAUUAACUAUAACGACAACAACCAUAAUAAUAACAAUAAUAAUAAUAAUGUUUCUCCUGCAGUUUACGCGCUGCUGCACUGCUUCCUGUUUGCAGAUUUAAUCCACUCAGCUCCCAUCAGCUCGCCGUCCGACCUGCUGGCGGCGCUCAGAGAAGGGGCGCUCAGAGAGGCGGCGGAGCGAGUGAAGGCGCUAGUGGAGAAAAUCCUGAGAGACGUCCCCGCCGUGCACGCUGCCACAGUCACAGCCGAGGGUUUGACCCUUGACCCCUCGACCUCGACAACAAACCUGCAGAUGAUGGUGGCAUCACUGGGGAUCCCCCCCGCCCCUGUCCUCAAACCGCCGUCCGAACACUUCUCUCUGGACGUCUGUGUGAGCCGCAUGUCAGCGGGUAGUCAGCUGUACCAGGGCAUGCUGGGAGUUUUAUCUGACAGGCUGAGCGGGCUGAGCGACCUGCGAGCCGACCUCCGAGACCUGCACACGCACAUCCACAAGAUGAAGGAGGCGGCUCAGCUCGGCGCCGGCGAGGCAGAUCAGAACCAGAGUCUGGAACUGGCCUCCCGUCUCCACGGCCACUACGAGGUGCAGGUGGCGGCACACCUGGUGCUGACGCAGCUCCGCUCCUUCUGUCACGACCUGAUCCGCAGCCUGAGAGCUGUCGCCACCUACAAGCCGCCAGCUGCACACUAAGCCCCGCCCACAACCUACAGGCCGCUAA